GCACGAAUCGACCUCACUGCGUAAGCUCAACGUUACCCAGAGUAGAUACCCAAGGUUUACAGGCAUAGCUCCUUGCACUUAAAUAUCUUCGUCGUAUUUGAAGCAGAUUGUCGGUGGACGAUACCCCUCUUUUGGCGCAGCAGUAAAUGUUUGUAGGAUAGCGAGAUAAUACUCAUACCAACACCUUUUUGGACAUUGUGACGAGAUUGUUGGUCGUCAAUUUGGCAUCUGAAUCAAAUUCAGUGAUCGAGGCACAGGAACGAACAAAGGCAAUGAAUCUGCUACCGAUGGCCCUGUUGCUGUGGCUCUCCUGCGGUCAUUGUGGCGCUCAGGAGGAACCAAAGGGUGCCUCAAGUUGCUGUGGUGCGUGCUUUCAAGGCCCAACCGGAACACCCGGCGUCCCUGGGAUUCCUGGAAAUCCUGGGGGUCAAGGACCUCUUGGCCCCAGAGGUGACCCUGGCAUUGGCCUGACAGGACCCAAGGGGGAGACCGGCGAGCAGGGACGGAAGGGAGACCAAGGCGAGCCAGGGAUACAGGGACUUCCAGGGAAGCUUGGACCGGUGGGUCGCAAGGGGGACAUCGGUGAGGGGCAAAAAGGUGACAAGGGGGAGCCAGGAGUCCAGGAACCACCUGGUGAAAAGGGGCAAAAGGGCCAGCCAGGAGAUGCAGCCCUGGUUUCAGCAACACCCCCCUCUGCUGUCGCAUUCAGUGCAUACCUCACGUCCAGUGUCACAGGCAAUCAAGGUGAUGUUAUCAUCUUCGACAAUAUCGAGACGAAUCUCGGCGAUAGCUACAGUUCGCAAUCGGGUGUGUUCACUUGCUCUGUUCCUGGAGUGUACUUCUUUACAGCAAGCUUUUUGAGUAUGUACUCGACAACACGUCCCUAUGUCAAGCUGAAAAAGAACGAUAUCGUUGUAUUUUCGAUAUAUGAUAGUCAGCCAAAUCAAUACCAGCAGUCGAGCAAUUCUGCGGUGGUUUCUCUGGCGACUGGAGACCGAGUGUGGCUUGAGUUUGGUAGCGGUAGCAGAGGCGUUUACGGCGAAAGCGGGAAUCGCUACAUGUGUUUUUCUGGAUUCUUGAUCAGUUCUUUGUAGCUAGUUUCCUGGAUUCUGUUCACAGGUAAAUCAUCAGCGGUGACACAGGAAAUGACAAACUGAUACAUGAAUCUUAAAGGAAACAUUUAUUGGACAUUACCAACAAAAUCUAAAUCUUUGUUUUUAUAGAAGUGACAAAGAGAGCCCUUGUGGGUGGUAUUUUUCAUUCGAGGAAAAAUCUGUUCAUCUCUAGACAUUAGAGGGCAAUCGAGCCGAUGUCAUCAUAUUUGACACCAUCCAGAUGAGUCUUAGCAACGAUUAUAGUUCGGAAUCGUGCGUGCUCACAUGCUCGCGUAUUCUCAUCAGUCACAUGCAUCUAAGAAAGAAUGAGCAGCUUCUUUUCGCUUUGUUUACGCUUCUCACGACCAAACGUUUGGGACAUAAAACUACCAACAUCUUCGUUUUUACAGCACCUGUAGUUCCUUAAUUCACUUUGUCCUCAAAUUAAUGCUAGAGAUUUUGCAAGUAAAAAUAUAAUAUGUAUCAGGUGCAAGGGUCCGUUUGUGUAUUGUCUGGUAUAAAAAAAAUUGUUAAAGGCAACAGCGGCUAAAUGCCUGCACAUAACCAUUAGUAAUAACGUGAGCUCGAGAUCGGUAUAUCAUUUGAGUAAUAUACAGGCACAAUAACGUGACAGUGUAUAGCUAAUCGACAGGCGUGCAUGCCGACGACAUCUCACGAAAAGUGGGAUAAUUUAAAUUUAUUAUCCAAAGUAAAGCAUUUUUUAAGCACUGCUAACAUAACAUAACCGUUUCUUUCGAUUCCGCUGAUUUCAUCCUCUGUUUAUUGACUGAUGUCUGGUAAUCUGAGGCUCUGGCAAAAUAUAGAGGUAAUCAGACAGAAAAAAUCAUGACCUUCUCGGCCCUGCCCAUUUUCCACCUCCGGUGUAAAUAUUUUCACAGCAUCUUUCAGUUUAUAUAUUCUUAUAUUCUAAGUUUUAGAACACACAUGUAUACACACACAAGAACCAUAAUUCCACAGAUUUCCUUAUGCUAGGAUUUUUCUUUCCAAACUGGCGUCAACUGGUAGAUAGUUAUUGGAAAGGGGGCGGGGUAUGUAUUCCCCUCUUUUUGACCGUGGUUGGGCUAUUAAGUAGUUCGUAAAUACUGCUGAGACGCAAGAGUUGCGUGCUGCUGGAUCAUACCAUCAAGGUUGAAAUACCGGAUUUAUGUUCCUUGUUGUGAUGUAGACUCAACCUCAUUCCCAAUCGACUGCUGACUGCCCGGAGUGUUAUCCUCAAUGUGCCUGAGGAACUGUAUGAUAAGACGACAAAAGUAUUUUCAAGAUGUAUUUUUUUUUUUU